AUGGGUCUAUUCGGCCACAGCCGCAUCCACGAGAGCGGCAUUGACCGCAAUUCCGAUACAACCACGACAUCCAACACGCCCAGACCCAUCCUCGCCCCACCGUCACACGCGCCGACCACCACCACUGCCACCACCAACACCACUGCUUCCUCUACAGCUGACACCGACACCGCCGACCUCUCAUGCCCACAUUGUCCACGCACCUUCACCUCACGCAUCGGCCUGGUCGGUCACUUGCGAAUCCAUCGCACAGAGACUGGCGAACCAGUGCCUGGAGCACCAACCUACACCCACCGCACUCGCCUCCAUUGCCCACACUGCCCUCGCACCUUCACGCAUCGCAUGGGUCUAUUCGGCCACAUGCGCAUCCACAACGACCUGCGGUAG